UAACAGCCUAUUCCAGUUUGAAACACUCACUUAAGAGUGUCUCUCUCUCUCACACACACAGAUACACACGCUACACCCCCCUCCCAAAAAAGAACACACUCCUUCAACUCCAUCGGUGGGGAGAACAUAGCUAUCGGAUGAGAUUUGUUUCCAAACGCGCACCGAUGGCGGUGUGAGGCGUUUGGUUUGAGAAGUACGAGUGGCGCUUUGGAUUUGUGGGCAAUUCUUCUUCUUUUUUUCUCCAUUUUUUUUUUGUUCAUCUGCUGAAUCCUGCUUUAGGGAAAUUAACAAAGAUAUGGAUUACUCACUUUGUCUAUUCCUACUCUUGGCGACCGUUUCGUCUGAGUCGAGCGGGCAAUUCCCAACAUCGCAGAUGAUAAAGGAAUGGGUGGACCAAAUGCAAAAAGAUUUGAUCGCUUUAACAGACACAGCCACUGGCAUGAAGGACCUAAUAGAGAUAUAUCAUAAACACAGAAAGCACUUCAGAGUGGAGUCCAACAAUGCGCAGGAGCUGGUGGCAACGGCUGCUGGGAACAUAGAGAGACUGCUGGCUAACCGCUCCGAAGCCCUAAAGGUCGAGAAAAUCAAUUACUACAAUGCCAAAGACGGCCUUAGUGGGAUAGAAAGCGAGUCAGAUACAGAAGGGAAGAAAGAUGGAAAGGAGAAGAAGAGGAUCCCAUACAUUCCCGAGGAUUUCAGUUUUGACCCAGACUUCAAACGAGACGUCUCCUACAACACAACUGCCGUCCACAUCCCAACGGAUAUAUAUGAAGGGUCUACCAUCAUUCUGAAUGAGUUAAACUGGACAGAAGCCUUGGAGGAUGUUUUCCGGAAGAACAAAGAGGAAGAUCCCUCUCUCCUCUGGCAAGUGUUUGGCUCUGCCACAGGACUGGCUCGUUACUUCCCAGCAUCCCCAUGGAUGGACCUAAGCAAAUCCCAGAAUAAGAUCGACCUCUACGAUGUGCGCAGACGACCAUGGUACAUCCAGGGGGCGGCCUCACCCAAGGACAUGCUGAUCCUGGUGGAUGCGAGCGGCAGCGUGUCGGGGCUCACGCUCAAACUCAUCAAAAUAUCUGUCAGCAAGAUGCUGGAGACCCUCUCGGAUGAUGACUUUGUGAACGUGGUUUCUUUCCAAAAUGUCGCCAAGAAUGUGUCGUGCUUUGGGAACCUUGUGCAGGCUAAUGUAAGGAACAAGAAGAUACUGAAAAACGCUGUGGAGAACAUCACUGCGAAUCUCAGCACCAAUUACACAGCUGGCUUUGAGACGGCCUUUGAACAGCUUAAACAGAUGAAUUACUCAAGGGCCAACUGUAACAAGAUUAUUAUGCUUUUCACUGAUGGCGGAGAGGAUAGAGCAGAGAAGAUCUUUCAACUUGAAAACCCACAAAAAAACGUGCGUGUCUUUACAUUUUCAGUAGGUAAACACAACUACGACAAGGCGCCGAUACAGUCGAUGGCCUGCAACAAUAAAGGUUAUUACUAUGAGAUCCCAUCUAUAGGUGCCAUUCGGCUAAAUACUCAGGAGUACCUGGAUGUUCUGGGCAGGCCUAUGGUUAAAGCUAAACAAAAGGCCAAGCAGGUUCAGUGGACUAACGUCUACCUGGAUGCUUUGGAGCUUGGCCUGGUGAUCACUGGAACGCUGCCUGUCUUCAACAAAACCGGCAUAGGCUCAAAGAAACCUCAAAACCAGCUUAUCUUGGGGGUUAUGGCGAUAGAUGUGUCCCUGGAUGAUAUCAGGAGACUGACUCCUCAGUACACUUUUGGUCCAAAUGGCUACUACUUUGCCAUCGAUCCAAAUGGAUACGUGUUGCUUCAUCCUAAUCUGAACCCACAGACCGCCAAGUUUCAUGAACCUGUAACACUGGAUUUCCUAGAUGCAGAGAUCGAGGAUGACAUCAAAGUGCAGAUAAGAAAGCAAAUGAUUCAAGGUGAAACAGGAAGUGCGACUAUAUCUACACUGCUGAAAUCAACAGAUAAGCGUUACAUCGAUCGAGGUCAGAGGAUGUACACCUUUGCGCCGGUGAAGGGGACUGACUACAGCCUGGCCCUAGUCCUGCCCGAGUACAGCAUGCAUUACAUCCGUGCAACAAUUGGCGACACAAUCACCCAGGCUAAAUCGUUUUUGGGGAAAAAUGUUUCUGAAAGCCUCAUGGCUGACAAGUUUGAUGAAUAUGGCUACACACUGAUUGCACCGAGAGAUUACUGCAAGGACUUAAAGCCUGACGCCAACAACACAGAGUUCCUCAAGAGGUUUAACGAUUACAUUGACAGGAAGACUCCAAACAACCCCAUGUGCAAUGUGGAUUUGGUGAACCGAUUGCUCCUCGAUGCUGGCAUCACCUCCGAUCUAAUCAAGAUAUGGAAAGAAAACGAUCCGAUAAACGGUGUCAUGUCCAGAUAUGUUGCGACUGAAGGAGGGAUCACACGAGUCUACCCCACAAGUAAUGGCCUGGACUGGACUGGACAAGCGGAGACGUAUGAUUUAAGCUUCUACAAGCGAAGUUUGGACAACGAUCUGUACAUCUUCACUCCAACUGUAUUCGAAAAUAUUUCUCAAUAUGAGGGUUCAGUUCUAGUGAGUAAAGCAGUAAACCUCAAGAUUGACGAUACCACACUCAAACCAGCUGUGGUCGGUGUACAUUUGGACAUAGAUAUGUGGAGAGAGAUCUUCUCCAACACCUCACAGAGAAAAAGUUGCAAGGAUGAGCUGUGUGGCUGUACGAUAGGCGAUAAGAAUUUAAACUGUUAUAUUCUGGAUGAUGGAGGCUUCUUGGUGAUGACCAAUCAGAUUGACCAUUUUAAUGAGAUUGGGAAAUUCUUCGGUGAGAUCGACCCUUGUAUUAUGAGAAGCUUGAUCAACUCGUCUCUGUACACCAAUAAGAGUACGUAUAACUACCAGUCGCUCUGUGAUCCCAAGAAAGAGGACAAAACAUCUGCCGGGUUGCGAUCCGUCUACGUGCCCACAAUAGCAGAUAUAUUAAAUUUGGGAUGGUGGGCAACUGCUGCUGCCUGGUCAGUAAUGCAACAGCUAGUGGUCAGCAUCACAUUACCUAACUUCGGGGAAGCAGCUACUGAUGAUGCACCGGAUGUGGAGAAGGAGGUCUGCAUCAAGGAGGAAUAUCAAUACUACUUUGAGAAUGACAGCCUGUCUUUUAGAGGCGUAAUCGACACAGAGAAGUGCUCAAGGCUCUAUCACGCCGAAAGGCUGCCCAAGACGAACCUCGUCUUCAUCGUUGCAGAAACAGAACAUGGCUGUGAAUGUCAGGAAAAGAUAUUAAAGCAGGAAGAACAGGAGUCACAAGGGCCUGAUCCUUGUCAAUUGGCUUCCGAGCCGCGGUACAGGAAGGGACCUGCAGCUUGUUUUGAUAACAAUAGUCAUGAAGAUAACGCUGACUGUGGCGGAGUGUCCGGCCUGACUCCGUCGCUGUGGCUAGUGCUGUCCCUUCAACUGCUACUGGUCUGGGUUGUGACUGACACCAGACACCAUGCCAUCCCAUCAUGACCUCCGAAUAACAUAAUCCAACCCUGUAUCUCCACCCCUUCGUAUCUCCAACAUGGCAACCAGCAUGCAGCGCUGCCACCAAAAUGAUGAGCGCCCGAUGAAAAGCGCUUUAAACAGACAAAAAAAACGUGAGCCCCGGGUUCUGCCAGUUUCUUUUGUAUUAUCAGCGGUUUCUCUUAAGGAUUUCACCAGGGCACAAGUGACGAAAGAAAUGCAUAUCAGAAUAUAAUGAUAUGAAAGCUAGGAAAGACCUCAACCUAUCUGUCCGUCAUCCUUAAGUGGUGCCCGCCAGCUGAGAUUAGAGGAAUCCAAAGAUUCGUUUUGAUUGGCGAGUUUUUGUCUGACUUGGUUUCUUACAAAGAGACUCAACUGCCUUAUAGUAUCAGAGGGAUUUGAAUCACAAUGGGUGGACUUGCUGUUUAUUGAAUAUGCUGGGCAGUUAUAUUCACCACUGCCAGAAACAGCGCAGCCCUUUGCAAGAGUAUAUUUUGAAUCGAUUUGCAGUGGUUAGUUAUUAGGUAUUUAUUGUUUUUUUGGUUAAGGAAUUGGCCAAGAUCAGAGCAAGAGAUGCCAAAUCAUCACAUCAUCACGAGCUCUUGCCCUUCGUUUGCCUCAUCUGGGUUGCUCGUAAUAAUAUUGUCUCAGUCAGAUUUUUAGGUAACAUUACCCAGAGCAUUUACACAGUGUCUCUGAGGACAUUGUCUUCACUUCACUAUGCUGUUCUUUAAUGUAGAUGCUGUUUUUUGCAGUGUGAAAGUCAUGUUCAUUGUUAUGUUUUUGCACAAAAGCGGAACCUCCUACUGCCACAGAGUGCUUGUUUUUGAGUGUACAGAUUUUGACAUUGUAGCUGAUCAUAUGGAUUUUCUGCCUUGGUUUUGGAUUGCCCCGGUAAAAACUUUGCUGCCAUAGCACGCAUAAACCAGUCAGGACAAGCUUGGCUGGUGUCCUGUACCUACUCAGUGGACAAAAUCUCUAGUGCCAUGUGGACUCUGUGACUCAUACAAACCCCUUUUUAGACUGUGGCUGCUGAAUGGGAAAUGGUAAUAAUAGUAUUUAAUUAUUUAAAGGUUAUUUGACCGAAAAGUCAGGAUAUCAUUCUGCUUUUUUUUUUUAUUAUAGCCACAAUUUUUAAAAAAAAGAGUUACAGGAAAUUUGUAUUCAACAUUUAUGUCAAAAUUUGGUCAAAAUGAAGGGAAAAGGGGUAUAUUUGUAUUCACUGCUGUCACUUUUUAAAUUAAAUGACUACUGUCGGCACUGCAAUUCAAAGUGCAGCUGCUGUUUCUCUUCACGGUUUGAUCUCCUUGCUGAAGAGCUGAACAGCCUUUAUAUCUGUGUAGUGGUGAAGUUGCCUCUGUCAUAUUUAUUAUACUGUGAUAUCAGCUACUAUACAAGAGCUUCAUACUAUCACUCUGGCUGAUAUAUCAGUUUCUCAACAAAAAAAAUUCAUCCUUUUUCAUUUUGUGUGCCUUCUUCUCAUAUUUAUUACAUAUAUUAAAAAUACCUACAUAAUCCAUGUGAUGUGCUGAUACUACUGUACAUGGUUUUAUUAAAUUUUUGUGAUUGUAAUUGCCAAAGAGAGAACAGUAAAGUACAUUUCUUUAUGAAGGGAAAAAAGCGCUAAUCAGUCGAACCACUGCUUUAAAGCAAAUAUAUCUGCUGUAAAAACAAUAACAAAUUUCACAGGGCCAAACUGGAUUCCUAUCAAAGCCAAAUAUCAAUGUCAACGAAUGAAAAACACUUCAUGAAUUUUGGGAGGAAAAUAUUUUGAAUAUGCAGUAUGUGGAAAACCACUUGCUGCAAUUAUACAGCUCAUUUGCCUACUUAUACACAGACUUCAAACUUGGAUGUGAUUGUUUGAAACAAGUUUUAAAUCUUUAAGAUAAAACUGCCAUUUUUACAUAAACAA